GCUGCCUCAUAAACGUAGACAAAAGUAAUGUGCAAUAAACGUAUCGUAUCUUAUUCAUAUAUGUAAUGCAUACUCGUCUGCAUGUUCUAAUAAGAAUUUCUUAUCAAAGGAAACGACGCUGAUGUAAUUUGAUGUCAUUAUGGAUAAAUACAGACACGACUCUCAUGGACUGUGCUCUUGGAUGGAGAUGAAUCAGUUUAUUGGGGAGCUCAUGACAGCAGGAGGCUCCCUGGAUCAUCUACGCAAGAAUCCGCUGGAUGCUGUGAAUAUGGCGUGGGGAGCGGCUGCAAGAGACAUCCCCAAGUUCAAAAGUGUCUUUGAACCUCGAGCUGAAGUCUGCAAAACUGAGCAGGAGAUGGAGGGGUGUGUGGAUCCCGGCGCUGAAAAGAAGACGAGAGAUCUACAUCAUGCUUGCACUUGUUCUGGCUGUCCAUCCUCCUGUUCUUCUUUCCAACCGUUUCAAUCAAGACCGUCUACAUCACCUCCACCACGCAUAGACGCUAAAGACGUCAGCAGUACCAGCUCCUGUUUAACUGACAGCACAGACAGUUCAGAGCCCAGCAGCAGCACUUCUGACCUAGCCAUUGUUGAAAGGCCCAGAGACAGUGAAGCAAGGCCUGAACCACCUCUCUCUAGAUCUGCCUUCCCCCAGACCCCGAUAUUUCCUUGUUUAUGCUGCCAGAGAAGCCUUCAAACUUCUCAACCAGAUUUUCCCCUCUCCCAUCACAACCUCCACCAUCAUCACUGCUCACUGGCAUCUUGCUUGCCUUGUUCUCAACCCGUUCACUCACACACAUCACCUCAGAUCACAUGCCCUUGCUACUCUUGUCAGCGGCCGUCCCCUUCUUGCAGCCAGCCAUGUCCACACAAUCAACACAGACAAACACAGCAACAAGAGCCAAAAUCGAAUACUAAUAAUAAGACUCCUAUCCUGACUGUCCACCCCUGUAUGCAUUGCACUACCUCUUUCUCAAGGCCGUCACAGCUGUUGCAACACCAGCGGUCGGAGCAUGUAGACAAACCAUCUGGGUUUCUGUGCACUGAAUGCGGCCGGACGUUUAACUCGCACAGUAAUCUUCGCAUCCAUCUAAAUGUCCACACAGGUGCAAGGCCAUAUUCCUGCUCGGAUUGUGGGAAAAGCUUUAGCCAAUCAGGUGCAUUGAAAAUACAUAGGAGGAUUCAUACAGGGGAGCGGCCUUAUGCAUGUGGUUUUUGUGGUCGGGGGUUCCCACAUCUGGCGGGGGUCCGAGCCCACCAGAGAACGCACACGGGAGAGAAACCGUACCGGUGUGGUCAUUGUGGAAAAUGUUUUACCCAGUCUGGGGCGCUCAAGAUUCACACACGAAUCCACACAGGAGAGCGGCCUUUUGUUUGCAAAAUCUGUGAAAAAAGCUUCUCCAACAGAUCGGGGAUACGCUUCCACUAUCGGACUGUACAUGGUUUGAUCCCUGGAAAUCAAGAAGGAUCAACAACUCGUGGUUCACAUUUGGGCAGGCCUAGGACUGUAUCUUCCCCUAGUGUUCAGAUAACCAACUCCUCAAGUAUGAGCUCCAGCAAGAUUAUUAUGCCUCCAAAUGUUUCAGCACAGAGAGGGGACGGUGAAAAAAAGGCAGAGGUUGAUGUUGCUCUCUCAGAUGACCAUAGAGUCCCUCUGCUUUAUACAUGUGAAGACUGUGGGUUGCGUUUCAAAGAUGCCCCUUCCAGGAAUAGACACCAGACUUUGGCUCACUACUUUUCUGAUGGAAGACUGGGUGAAGCAGGGAGCAAGGAAGUAAGCACAAAUGAGAGCCAGGCAUAAUGGUGACGUGACUUUACAUAAUUGUAAUACAUGUAACAAUUAUUUAUAUACAUUUUAAUUUACCUUUAUUUUGUUACAUGUAAUUGUAACAAAAACAUAUAUUUAUGGCAACUUGUAUCCAGUCACAUAAUGUACGGUGAAGAUUCAGUUCAUAUCGCUUCAGUUUUAUUAGAAAACAGUGAUGUUAAACAAGUUUGUACAAAAAGCACAAAAAUCAUAGUAUUACAUGGUUAUGACAAUAUAUAAUACUCAGAUGAUCACCCUUGAUUUCCAAUGUUUGUAUAGCUCAACGUAACUAGUCUUGAAUAAGCACAAUGUGCAUCAUUUCAGUAACAUUAUUGACAAUGUUAGUCUGCCACCUAAUGGUCAAAACUGUUCAUAGCAACAUGUUCAAAAAAAUUUACAGUUCAGGGUUUGUUACUUUGACAUGAUCUUUUUCACAUUUUGUAAAAUAUUGUAAAAUUGUGUGAAUCCAGUGCAACCACAAUUGUGAUGAACACAAGUAACACAUACAUUUCCACAAAUUAUUAAACAUUGCAAAUGGUCUUUGUAUAAAAGUGCAUGUGAAAAAUAAUCAAAUAAGUAUACAUCAAUAAAAAAGCAUCUUCUGUGGAGAAAUAUGUU